AUGUCCCUCCAAACCCCCCGCAUCCUCCCCUCCCACCUCCACGCCUUCCACCCCUCCUCCACCGGCCCACGUACCUCGCAUACCGUCCGCAUUCUAGGAACAGUGACUGCUCUACGCGGCGACACGGCGACCAUGACGUGCGGCAACCACGGCGAUGUGACGCUCAUCUUGAAGCCCGAUUCGCAUUUGCAGAUGGGAAAGUUGGUGGAGAUUAUUGGCAAGGUCGCUGAUUUGGAUAAUGGGAGUGGUGUCGGUAUUAGAGUCCUAGGCAGUACGGAUUGGGGGAGUCCGGCGGAUUGUGAUUACAAGAUCUAUGAGCAUGUUGUCAAUGCUACGUAUAAGCUUAAGCCUAUCUUCUAUGAUGAGUAG